AUGACUAUUCAUAUUCAUCUAUCUAUCUAUCUAUCUAUCUACCUAUCUAUCAAAGACGAUUCAUAUCUAAGACCAUUCACAUAUCUAUCUAUCUAUCUAUCUAUCUAUUUAUCUAUCUAUCUAUCUAAGACUAUUCACAUCUAUCUCUGUUCUAUCUAUUUAUAUAUGACUAUUCAUAUCUAUCUAUCUAUCUAUCUAUCUAUCUAUCAAAGACUAUUCAUAUCUAAGACCAUUCAUAUCUAUCUAUCUAUCUAUCUAAGACUAUUCACAUCUAUCUCUCUACCAUUCAUAUCUAUCUAUCUAUCUAUCUAUCUAUCUAUCAUACUGAAUAAUUUGAACCAAAUUCAAAUGUCCCACACAAUGGCGAUUUUCUCCUUUCUAUUUUUGUUUCGUGUCAAUUAUCAGCUUUUUUUUUUCUUGUUCUUGUCCACUUCAUCGUUGGUUGCUCAAUUUCCGGUUCAAUCAACGCCAUCAGUGGUCACUUCGCUGGACACAUAUGUCUUCAUUUAUUAUUCAGGACAAUUUUCACAACAUAAUUUACCUAACUUGGUAUCGAACUCUGUUCAUAUCUAUCUAUCUAUCUAUCUAUCUAUCUAUCUAUCUAUCUAUCUCAGCCUAAUAAUUUAUUACUUAUCUAUCUAUCUAUCUAUCUAUCUAUCUAUCUAUCUAUCUCAAGCGAGGAAGAGAAGAAAAAUAGAGGCUUCCUUAUUUGCCUCUAUUUUUGAAGCAAGGAAAUGA